GAUGUGGACUCCUCGGCAGGGCGGACAGGAGAUCACUGCAGUGCCUCCUGCUGCAGCCUCUUGAGGAGCGAUGACAGAAUAUAAGCUCGUGGUGGUGGGUGCUGGAGGCGUGGGAAAGAGUGCACUGACCAUCCAGCUCAUCCAGAACCACUUCGUGGACGAGUACGACCCCACCAUUGAGGACUCGUACCGGAAGCAGGUGGUCAUUGAUGGGGAGACGUGCCUGCUGGACAUCCUGGACACAGCAGGCCAGGAGGAGUACAGCGCCAUGCGGGACCAGUACAUGCGCACUGGGGAGGGCUUCCUCUGUGUGUUCGCCAUCAACAACACCAAGUCCUUCGAGGACAUCCACCAGUACAGGGAGCAGAUCAAGCGGGUGAAGGACUCGGAUGACGUGCCCAUGGUGCUGGUAGGGAACAAGUGUGAUCUGGCUGCGCGCACUGUGGAGUCUCGGCAGGCGCAGGACCUCGCCCGCAGCUAUGGCAUCCCGUAUAUUGAGACAUCGGCCAAGACGCGCCAGGGCAGCCGCUCUGGCUCUGGCUCCAGCUCCGGGACCCCCUGGGACCCUCCGGGACCCCCGUGACCCACCAGCCCCUCGCGCUGGCGUGGAGGACGCCUUCUACACACUGGUGCGCGAGAUCCGGCAGCACAAGGUGCGCAAGCUGAGCCCUCCGGACGAGGGCGGCCCGGGCUGCAUGAGCUGCAAGUGCCUGCUCUCCUGACGGUGACACUGCUGCGUCCACUCUGACGUCCCUGCUGGUCGUUUGUGCCCCGCCCGGCACAGACGCAGGGCCCGGAGGUGCCGGAUGUGGGGAGGAGGUGCAGAUGGAGGAAGGAGGGGGAAGGAAGGAAGGAAGUGCCACUAGAGUGCGGCCAGCCCAGGGUCGGUGGACAGAGUGACCGCAGACCUCCCAGGACACUUUGCACAGACUGUCGCGAACUGACCCCACCGGCCCCCCCGCUGUCCUCUCCUCCAGCCCUGUCCUGGCCCAGCGGGCACAGGUCGAGUUGCAGUAAAUUAUUUGAUGGUCUUGA